AUGAUGACUGCUGCAUCCAUAGCCUCCACGGACAUGGGGCUGCUGCUGCAAGAUGAUGUUUUUGUUGACUUUUUCAACAUCUUUCUGAGCCUUCCUAUUUUUGGGCAGACCCCCCUUUACAUCAGUGGCACGGGUCGGUGGUGCCUGUGGCCAGAGCUGCCGAGCCACCUGGAUGCCAACCCCGCGGCUUUGCUGGCUUGGUUGGAAAAGCACCGGCUGCCUCACUUCUGCAAAUCCAGCCUGUGCCUGCACCUCGUCCUCUGCCAGAAGCUGCUGGCGUUCAUUCGCUCGGGGGAAGCAGCAGAGCUGCUGAACUGGCAGAGUGCUGACCAGUGGCUGCUGGAGAGGUGCAUCAGCGGGAGCCAGGGCAUGCAGCACUUCUGCGCCUUCCUCCGAGGAACCCCAGGGGAAGAACUGAUCGACUUCUGGCUCAUCUCUGAAAGGCUCCUGGGUCUGGAUGAGUCGGAUGGGAGUCAGAGGGAGCUGUUCCUGGCCCUGGAGCACAGGCUGAGAGCCACUCACCUGCGUGAAGGCUCCAGCAUCCUCACCUUCUGCACCACCACCGUGGGAUCUCUUCCGAAAGCCAGGCACAUCCAGUCCGUCACCACCAGGAGGGAGAUCCUAAGCAAGAUGCAGGAACAGGUUCUUUUUAUGAUUCAGAGCUACUGGCUCCCUAAAUUCUUUGUGCACUGCAAGAUGGGAAUGGAGGAAGAAGAAUUGUGCAGGCCUUUGCUCCAGGAAUAUCGGGAACGUUUAUCACAGGCUGCCUGGCAGCAGCCAGGCCUUUCAGAGCCCCUCCCCACCAUGCACAUCAAAAGGAGCCAGGGUGUGCCAGGGCCCUACUGCAGCCAGAAGGCCAAAGCAGAGGUCUGGGCUCUGGUCAAGGAGGGGAGAGACAGCCAGGAAUUGAAAAUGGCCACUUUUCAGGUGAAAGCAGAGAAGCAGCCAGGGCCAGCUGGGAGCAGGGAGGAAUUGUGUCUGGAUAAGGAUGCUGUAGGAUCCAUUCCCCAGCACUCACAGCAUCCUGCCUUUGGAGGCAGAGGAGGAGCAGCAUUUCCUGGAAGACCUCAGUCCAGUGCAGUGCAGGAUCUGGAAAACCUCUCUAAGGAGAAAAUACCCUCUGGCCUGCUUCCCUCUGCAUCCCUUGCCCGGCUGCCAUCCCUGAAAAAGCCAAUCAAGACCUUGGAUUUCCUUCCCUGGGCCCUGAGUGCCGAGGCCUGUGCUGGAAGACCCUUCAGAGAUUUCCUGCAGCACCAGAACCGGCCCAUGGAGACUCAUCUCCUGGACCUGUGGCACGACCUGGAGGAGUUUCUGCCUGUGGUGCUGGACUCCAACAGAGAAAACAGCUUCUUCCUGCGCCAUCUGAUUGGGGAGAAGAUCUGCAAGACCUACCUGGAGGACAGCAGCAUUGAGAAGCUCCCCUUGGAGACCAGGACUCUCGUGAGUUUGUGGAACCGUCUGAUCUGUGGGGAAUUCUCCCCCUGGAUAUUCAGAGCCCAGAAGGAGAUUUGCAAGGUGCUCUGUGGCCUCUAUGAGGAAUUUCUGGCUGCUGAUGACAGGACAUUCCUCCAGUUUGUGGCUCCAGGCACGGAUGUCCCCAUGGCCGAGGUGCCAGGCCGUGCUGCUGGCAGAUGGGGACACUUCCACCUGUCCCAGAGGAUGAACCAGUCCCUGCAGCUGGGCCAGGCCUUGCAUGGCACGAGGAGCUUGGAGGAGAUCUCCUCCAAGCACUGGCAGCUGCUGGCUGCUCGGGACCUGCAGAAAGGGGGCUCCAUCCAGGCAGAGAUGGAGCUGCUCCUGGGCAGCGCCGAAUUCCAGAGGAUGAUAGCAGAUGAGCUGGCUGUGGGCAGCCCAAGCAAGGAAGAGGAGCUUCUGCAGCUCAUGAGUGCAGCACUCGGUUGGAGGAGGAGGGGAUGGGCCUGGGAUGCCAUCCGGGAGCUUGUCAGGAGCUUCUGCAAGUUCCGGAGGGACAUGAAGAAACACACGCGCCGUGCAGAAUUUGAGGAGUUUCUUCGUCAGGAGCGAAGAAACAAGAGGGAAAACAUGCCUGUCAAGGAGAAGAAGAAGAGCAAAAGUCCUGCCAAGACCCCCCACAAGGGCAAGGGCAAGGGCAAGGGCAAAGGGCAGCAGCAGAAGGUGACGCUGAUCAAACGCCGCAUUUUGGACAAACAGAUCAUCACCGUCAACUUCCUCGUGGAUGACCUCCGCUUUUACCUGGAGAUGGACAGGUUUUCCAGGCUGGCUGACGGCGUGGAAGCUGCAGCACCCCAGAACAUGGAGUCAGAAAAGCACGGUUCCUUUCUCAAAAAGAAACUUGAGGUCAUCAGCAAACUUUUCCUGGACUCUGACAUCCCCCCCAAGCUGCGGGUCAACAUCUCUGAGAAAGAGAGGGAUUUAAUCUGGCGCUCAUCUUCCAAGGGGCCGCUGACCCGGGCCAUCUACCACAACGCCAAGGUCGCCCUCUUCCCCAUCCUGAUGUACUUCUGGAGAAGGUUCUGCACCUGGAAGGUGAUGAGGACCUUUCGGGCCUACCAGGAGGUCAGCAGCUCUGGGAUCCCUGAGGAGGAACAGAGCUUUCAGGAGUCCAAGGGGGACAGGAGCUCUCAGGAGCCCAAGGGGGACAGGAGCUCCAAGGUCCAACAGCAGGAGAGGAGCUCUCAGGAGCCCAAGGGGGGCAGGAGUUCCCGGGUCCAACAGGGUGAGAGGAGCUCUCAGGAGCCCAAGGGGGGCAGGAGCUCCCAGGGCCGCAAGGAGGGCAGGGUUCCAGCCUCUCCACCUGCAAAAACCCCCUCGAAAGCACCCAAGACGCCUGGUCCCAAGAAGCUGGAGGCCACUCCCUCUACUACACAACAUGCUCCAGGUUUGUUCUUCCAGUGCAUAAACACCCAGACCUGA